AUCAAGACCACCUUCAUCAAGCCCUUCCAGUAUCGUUCGCAGGACGUCCUCCCUGGACACGCUGGCUGCUCCGUACCUUGCUGGGCAGUGGCCUCGGGAUAACCACGGACAGGCUGCUCCCUGUAUGAGGGACAAGGCCACACAGACAGAAAGUGCCUGGGCUGAAGAAUAUUUAGAAAAGAAGAGAAGCUCACACAAACGCUCAUCAUCAUGGGGCAGCAAUGAACAGCUCAAGGAGAUUGCAAAGUUGCGUCAACAGCUGCAGAGAAGCAAACACAGCAGCAGGCAUCAUCGGGACAAGGAAAGACAGUCUCCUUUUCAUGGCAACCAUGCAGCCAUUAACCACAGUCAGGCUCCCAUCCCAAAGAGUGCUCUCGUUCCUGUGAUACCUAUUACCAAAUCAACAGGGUCACGAUUCCGAAACAGUGUAGAAGGAUUGAAUCAAGAGAUUGAGAUAAUAAUUAAGGAGACAGGAGACAAAGAGGAACAACUUGUUCCCCAAGAUAUUCCAGACGGGCACCGUGCCCCGCCUCCGUUGGUGCAGCGCAGCAGCAGCACUCGCAGCAUUGACACCCAGACCCCCGGUGGAGCAGACAAGGGCAGUAACAACAGCAGCCGCUCCCAGUCGGUGUCUCCAAGCUCAUUUCUCACCAUCUGUAAUGAAGGCACUGAGGAAGGACCGUGUUCUGCAGAUGACCUGCUUGGUGAUUCCAGAGAUAAAGAAAAUGGGAAUAAUUCUCCCUUGCCAAAAUACGCUACCUCGCCAAAACCCAACAACAGCUACAUGUUCAAGCGUGAACCUCCUGAGGGCUGUGAGAAGGUGAAAGUCUUUGAGGAAAACUUGCCAAAGCCAUUGCAUGAAAUUCCGGCCUUCUAUUGCCCUGACAAGAACAAAGUGAAUUUCAUUCCGAAAAGUGGCUCUGCUUUCUGUCUUGUCAGCAUCCUCAAGCCACUUCUUCCCACACAGGAUCUCACACUUAAGGGCACUACACACAGCCUGACUGUCUCCUCCAGCAUGACGCCUGGUUUGUUACAGCCCAUUUCUAUGGCCUCCUUGACUACAAACACAGAUCAAGACAGGAUCUCUCGUGGAACAAGUACAGUAAUACCACAGACCUCUCUGCUCCAGCAGUCAGGAUGUAUUGAGGAAGCUGAAGAAUAAUUCUGAUUGUCUUGACGCUUUUGGGCAACUACUGGGAAAAAAAUGGAACCAGUUGACCAGACCUUUCUGAUCACACACACACACAUUGUUUUAACAAUUUGUGGCACUGCCAUAAUCAAGCUAUUUGUGUAAUUGACAGUUUGGUAGCACAUUGAGAAGUUCAGGAGGAUGCAGCAGCUCAUACCCUAUUGUACUUUCUGCUUUUGAAGACUCUGGUUCUAUUUCUCUCCUGCUUUUUUUUAAACACUGGUGAAAACAAAGACUGUCAUAAUUCUUCGCCAUUUAAAGGACCAGUUGUUGUGAUGGUGUGUCCUCUGACUUUUUUUCCCAUUGAAACAAGUCUCAAGACCAGCCAGCUGAUCCCACGUACCAUUGUAAUCUGCAGAGGGAGGGGCAAUCAGAUGAUUUUGGAAGAUGUCUUUUGUAUGAAAAUGUGUAUUUUGUAACAAAAUUUUGCCUUUUCUGGUUUGUAGCAGAUGGUGUUUCCUGGUGAUGAUCCCCCUACCCUUUGGGUUUUUUUUUCCUUUGGUAGGGAAGGUUCUUCUUUUGUACUUGGCUGGCUUACAGCUGAUGGGACCAAAGGAUUGCUGAACUAUUAUAGCAGUCUCAAAUUAUGUGACCUUGCUGAACAGCCUCAGACCUAAACAAAGCAAGACCAGUUAAUAUGUUCGAAACUUUUAAAACAGAAGAGUAUGCAAAAACAGUGUUAGUAUAUAGUGUACAUUUUUUUUAUAUCAAACAUUUGUGCUUCUGGUAAGUCACAUUCUUAAAACUCCUUCCUUCACAGAAUUCCUACUAGUGUUGGUUUAUUGGCUGGAAACUUGCAUUUUAAAGCACUUGCCCUGGUAUUGUUCUAUUUGUCCAUAGAAUUUUUGUGCAGAUGUAGGGAAAAGAUAUGUUAUCCUCUUACUUGGUAUUCUUUUUUCCAGGAAAUACAUGGCUCUUACAGGCUUGCUUAGAUCCUUACGAGUCAGCCUGAAUCAUUAAUCACUCUUGAUACAAAUUUGCUCUGACGUGACUCAUCACUGUAUUAUAGACCCUGGCCACAUAAUACUGAAAUACCUGUGCAUGGUUUCCUCCCUUUUGUCCUAGUGGUGUUUGUGUGUCCGUUGAAGGUGGUGGUUUGUCAGGCAUGAUAUCUGUUAUGCAGAAGUUUACAGCAGCAACUCUCUUUUUGACUAGCAGCUUAGGCUGGCAUGUAAAACAGAAGAUUUUUUUGAUACUUGGUUUGUCCUGAAAAAGUGGCAGUUAAUGGUUGCUUUGAAAUUACAGUAGAAGGCAAAAAUGGGGGGGAAGGCAACUGCAAACAGAAACUGUCCAGGAACUUCACUGAGGUUUCUCAUUUGUUGCUGGAGUGCAUUACUUGGAUUUGAGUUAAUACAUUUAUAGAUAUGCAGAAAACUGCAAUGACCUGAAUACCAGUGUCACAGUCACAAAACAAGUUGAUCUUGUACCUCUUUGACAGAGUUAGAUUCAGUAAUUUCAAAGCAUCAUUGUGAGCAGUCUCUGGGUCUCUCAAGCAGGUCUCACUGGCUUGCAUAUACACAGCUUCCAUCUACAUAGCUUCCAUGGAUCAGUUGCAUUCUCAGGUCUCCUCAUAAUGGCAACUAUUGAAAGAUGAUACUGCAAGUAUAACGGUCUUGUUCAGUGCUUAAUAUGAUUAAUUUGCUUGCAAACAUUUUGUUUGAGAGAAAAAAAAAACCCUGCAUAUGUGUGCAGAUAAUCAUAAUUUUGAUGCAUAUUUGCUGUUCCUUUAAAUCUUGUAUUAGUAACUAUUAUUGCAGUGGUGUACUUUAUUCAGCAAGUAAGCGUAAAUCAUACUAGAAUGUGCUAUUGAAACGUUAUAAAAAAAUCCGUAAAUUAAAAUUGUAUCAGGAAGUGUGGAAGUAUUUCACCUGUAAAAUUAGCAAGCGAGCAUAAUUUGGUUUGCUGUCUGUCUUCCCAUGAAAAUGGACAGGACUGUUUUGAAGUAACAGUUUUGAUUUGCGCUGACAUUGUCAGUCACCUGGAGCUGUUGAGGAACAGAGUU